AUGAAAUUUCUGGUCUUGAAAUUAUUCCUAUUAGUAUCCUAUGCCCUAUGUAGGAAGCCUAAACCUGUAGAACCCAGCCAUAAAGUCACUCAUCACGUUCACCUUGAAGUUCAAACUGGAGAAAAGGCUACAGAAACUUUGGUUGUAGGACUUUACGGAGAUUUGGUCCCAAAGACCGUAAAUAACUUCGUUUCUUUGUGCGAAGGCACGAAGAUUGGUGAUAAACAUUAUUCUUAUGUUGAUUCUUUUUUUCAUAGAGUUAUUCCCAACUUUAUGGUACAGGCGGGAGACAUAGUGAACGGGAAUGGCACCGGGUCCAUAAGUAUUUAUGGUGAUAUGUUUGAAGAUGAAAAUUUCACUGCAAAACAUAAAAAAGGCGUUAUCGCAAUGGCAAAUAGAGGUCCAAAUACUAAUGGAUCCCAAUUCUAUAUAACAACUGUUGCUACAAAUUGGCUGGACGGGCGCCACGUUGUUUUUGGAGAGUUGCUUGAGGGCGAGUACACUCUACAAGCGAUUGAGGCUACUGGGACAGAUUCUGGAAAGCCCUCAGUACAAACAGUUAUUAAAUCGUGUAAAGUAAAGAAGCUGUAA